CCAAUCGGAAUUACUGACAAUCAGCCAAUAAACCGCCCCUAUGCCAAGAAUAUCAUUAUUAAAUCCAGAAAUCAUGAUUGUAUCAGAAGAAAUUCACGAUACCAGAUGGCACGCUUUUUGAAUCUUUUGCCUUAUGUACUUUCAAGUAAAAGAUAUUCAAAACUCGUAAAAUUACUGGCGCCAAUUUUAAAGAAAACCGACAUAAAUUUGCCAACAGUAGAAGAAUUUCAUGUUAUUGCCAAUGCUAGGCCACAUAACCACCACACACCUUUUAGUACACUAUGGUGUUCGCAUAAUGAGUGCUUACCUAGUGAUACUAGAGUAGGAAUUGCGAACUUUUUCAAAGUUUAUAUUAUUGCGUUUUUUGUGACGAUUAUAACGCAGAUACCUGCAGGUUUUAGGAAGGAAAAAAGAUUUCAGCAAAUAAUUAAUAUUAAACUUACUACAUCUUCUGCACGGUUUGCACUCUCAGUUUCUUCUUAUUUUGUAAUAUAUAAAGCUUUACUUCGUUUCUUUACACGCGUCUUUGACCCUUUGCUUGGUCCUCGAAACAACUUGAAUAUUAAUGAUGUAGCAUGUUCACCCUUGGUUCCUCCAUUUUUUGCUGGUUUGUUUGCGGGUCCUUCAUUACUUUUUGAUAAAGAUCAAUCGAGAAGAAUUUUUAUUGCUACCUCUAUAUUGUGCAAAAGUUUGCAAACUGUUUACUAUACACUGAGACAAAAUGGUUUUAUUCCUAUAAUGCCAUGGUGGUGGGGAUCAUGGAUGCUUUUUCCAAUCAGUUCUGCUCAGCUCAUAUAUGCUUAUUUGGUUCAUCCAGAUAUUUUUCCU